UCAUGUAUAGUCUUAUAUAUGAAGCCCAACACAAGCUUAACCCGUGAACUCAUGCAUCGAGCACAACAUAUUUUUUCCUCUCUGCUUGUUGCAACUGUAAGUUUCCAUAUAUUUCGUUAAUGAUCUAAUUAGCUAGAUCAAUUAGCAGAUACCGAUGGCUUCUUCUUCACUGGUGCCCAUGCUUCCCCUUCUCCUCCUCCUCGUGUGCCCGGACGUGGCCGUGUCUGCCGCAGCACCCGUCGGCGCGUCCUGCUACACGCGCCUGUUCAGCUUCGGCGACUCCAUCACCGACGCUGGCAACCUCGCCAGCUUGUUGCCCAACAUCUUCGUGAUGGCACCACCCUACGGCGAGACCUUCUUCGGCCGCCCGACCGGCCGCUUCUGCGACGGCAGGCUCAUCGUCGACUUCAUAGCGGAGGCGUUGCGGCUGCCGUUCUUGGCGCCGUACCUCACCGGAAGGACGGCGAACGACUUCCAGCAGGGGGUCAACUUCGCGGUGGCCAGCGCGACGGCGCUGAGACAGGACUUCUUCAGGGACAUGGGGCUCAACCUGACUACCCUAACGCCAUACUCGCUGGAAGUGCAGCUGGAGUGGUUCAAGCGCGUGCUACACUUGCUGGGGCCAACUGAACAAGAGCGCAAGGACAUCAUGUCUCGCUCUCUGUUCCUGAUGGGGGAGAUCGGGGCCAACGACUACAACUAUCCCUUCUUCCAGAACCGGUCCUUCACCGCCGAGAUUAAGCCCUUGGUCCCAAAAGUCGUACAGAAGAUCGAAAGCGCCGUCAAGGUUUUGAUCGGCCUUGGAGCGAAGACGAUCGUCGUCCCAGGAAACGUCCCCAUGGGCUGCAUACCCAGGUACCUCGCCAAGUUCCGGAGCAGCAACCCCGGCGACUACGACGCCGCCGGGUGCCUCAGGUGGCUCAACGACUUCGCCGAGCUCCACAACCGUGCGCUCAAGCGCGUGCUGGAGCAGAUCCCUCGCGACCCGACGACGGUCACGGUAAUCUACGGCGACUACUACGGCGCCAUACUGGACAUCACCCGUAACCCUCCCAAACACGGGUUUACGAACUUGGCCGCGUGUUGCGGGGACGGUGGCCCCUACAACUCCGGCUCGCUGUACCCCUGCAACGCCACGUCCAUUGUUUGCCCUGACCCGUCCAAGCGCAUUUCAUGGGAUGGCAUACAUUACACUGAAGCUGUGUAUCGGUUCGUGGCGCGUGGCGUGCUAGAUGGACCAUACGCUGCACCAUCGCCCAUACUGUCGAAAUGCAGAUGCUAAACUACCUGUAUCAUAUGUGCACGUACUCCUAAAUCUACUUUUGCUAAUAUAUACUUGAUGAACAAGUAAUAUUAUCGACCAAUACUUGCUGAUCUACUUUGGUCAGCAGUUAUACAAUAAAUCUUGAACUUAGCUUGCAUGUACACGUAACGCAUCCCCUGCACGAAUUAACCUGCUUUAUAUG